AUGGAUUCAGGACGAACACCAACAUUUGCAGGUGGUCUUAAUUUAGCAACUGAAAAUGCUCUUGAUGAAAGUGGAUUUCUUGGAACUCGUCGUGGAUUCGGAAAUAUUCGUUGGUAUGAAUAUACAUUUCUUAUACUUGGUAUAUUAGCUGCACUUGUUACCGAUGGUUUAACAAUUGCUCGUCUUGUCAAUUUGGGUUCUUUGAAUGAUCCAGAUUUUGCUUAUGGUAUUCUUAUUCUUGUUCAUUCAAUAUUUCUUCUUCUAUUUCUAAUCACUGGUAUAUUUUAUCAACGUAUUACUGAUAUUGUUGCUUUUUUUCUCAGUGCUGUUAUGCUAACUGUUUAUGUUAUUGCACAUUAUUUUGCUCGAAGACAUGGUCCUGAUGAUAGUCAUACAACUCAAGCGAAAAUUCGUCUAGCUCGACUUAUAUUUACAAUUAUUUUUAACGUAUGUUUUAUUCCACUUGCUAUUAUAGUUAUUAAAGAUUAUCAACGAGAUGAAUUUUCAAAACGACUUUUUGGUGCUUUUCCUACAGCACGUCUUCCACUUAAAAUAUAUAGCAUAUUCGAUUGUGUAGCACGUGUCAGUACAAUGCUUUCGAUUUCAUCAUUACUACUUAAUUUAUAUAAUUAUACUGGUUAUGAAACAAUAGAUCGAAUUUUACUUAUUGUUGGUAUUCCUUUCACAUUAUUAUGGUUAGGUAUGGGUAUUGGUAUGGCUCGUCUAGAAAAUUAUAUAUUAGUUUGUAUUUUUUAUUUAAUGUCACUUUUUCAAUUGGGUUUCUUGGGUUAUAGUCUUUAUACAGCAAUUCAACAUUCGAUAGCAAUAUCUGGAGGAGGAUCAACAACAUUAACAACAACAACACAAGCAACAGCAAUUAAUUUAGUACCUAUACUUCAAGUACUUUAUGUGUGUAUAUCAUUUAAUCUUCUUGCGCAUAUAUUAUCAAUGGUACUUGGAUUUUGGUGUACAAGAAAUUUUAAUAAAGGUCUUAAAGAACGAGUAUUUAAUAAUAAAAUCGAUAAAUGGAUACAACAACGUUGGUCAAAUAAAUAG